CCACUUAGAUCCAUUAAAACUUUAAACUUUAGACCAUGCCAACCCUGCGGUGGCGGGCAGCUGGACUGCCAGUGCCUUUCAGAGAGAGAGAGGGAGGAGAGAUAGAGUGCGCACCUCAGUGUCCAGUGUUUGAACAUGGACAGGUGGCCGCCUAUGUGGCGCGAAUGGAGAUUGUACAGCCCGAAGCUUUGAGAGUCACACGCGCACACAAGGCCUUUCAAGGGUGUGCACGAGCACUGCGCUCGCGUAGCGGCACGGUGGGUGAUCUCUACAUGGAGAGCUUCAUGAGCGACAAAGUCUCGUGCUUUUGGUCCCAUUCCUGGCAUGGCAGGACGUGGAUGAAGAUCCUCUCCCUCAUGAUGCGUUACAAUGGCUUGCCAUCAGUUCUGGUCGGCUCCUUCACCGCUUUGAUCAUGAUGGGGCUGUUUGCCGGUGGCCUUUUGCCCGAAAUCAGUCGCUCUAGCUGGUCACAUGAGCAUUGGUCAACCUGGUCACUAGCCAGUGGCUUCAUAGCAGCUGUGAUCACAUUUCUCUUGUGGCAGCCACGGCAACUGGUCUUUUUUGACCGAAUUUGCAUCAACGAGAAUGACGAUGAUGAGAAGUUUGCGAGCAUUUUUAGUUUGGCGGGCAUUCUGAAAAGGUCAGACAAAAUGCUUGUUCUUUGGGAUGCCACAUGGGGCGAUCGGUUGUGGUGUUUGUUCGAGCUGGCUGCUUUUGUGAAAAGCAAACACGUGAGUGAACAAGUGCUUCUCAUCAGACCGACAUUUCUUGGUCCAUGUUCAAUCGUGCUUUUUGGUGGCAUGUUCCUGGUGAUGCUGCCCUUGACAACCGUUCCAAUACCCGAUCCUGCCCGUUUGGGGGAUUACUUUAUACUCAUCCCCCUCUCUGGUGCAAUGGUUUUUCUAUUCAUCACCGGAUACUUCAUGGUUGCCGCCUUCCGCGGGUAUUUCCGCUCAGUCAGGGCCUUGCAGGUGAAAUUGCGCAACAUCAGCUUUGACAACACCAGAUGUUCCUGUUGCGAUGCAGGCCAUGUACAAGACGGAACUAAAAUCUUGUGUGACAGGCAAAUCGUCAAGGAAUGUGUGUCUAUUUGGUUUGGUAGUUCAGAGGCCUUUGAAGACUGUGUGCGGUCUGCCGUUUUGGAGACGCUGGUUGCAGGAUUGCAGGAGAGAAUUUUCACCAGAGGGUGGAGCCUGUCAGUGUCAGUUCCCCUGCUUUGGGCCUUCCUUGAUUUGACGGUCUCCCAUGCGAUGGGCGGCCACAGAAUUGUCGCCAUCGCUCAGUUGGUUGAGGGCUUGGUUCUGUGGUUCCUUUGUGUCCCCAUCUUUGCAGAUGUGGGCAUGUUCUUUUUGCGCAGGUAUUGCCAGCAAGGUGCUUCCACCAUUCACGAGAUUCUAGAGAACGUGAAAGUUGAGCUGAUAGGAGUUGCUUGCUUUUGUUUCGUGGCCGGAACUUGGUUCUUUCUGUGCUCAACACGUCCCGGGGAUGAACGGCAUGCUGCGGCUGCGUUAUUUGCGGGAGUGUGGGGCACAUUGGCACUAGGCCAUUUCAUGUACAAAGUUUUAAGAAAGCAUGGGCAAGAGCGCUAGAUCUCCUGCCUGAUCGGCACAAAUUAUGCUUGAACGGCAUGUGGAG